AUGUAUCAAGAGGCGGAACGCACAAUAUUUUCUCCCAACCAUACUGCUAAGUCUCUGAAUGAAAUCACGUCAGCUUAUGGAGAUCAAGCGUGCUACGUCUACCUUCUGCUUGGGGAUGUAUACAGAUACCAGCAACGCUUUUCAGAUGCUGCCAAGUGCUACAAAGAGUGUCUCAGCGUUAAUCCCCUGAUGUGGACAGCAUAUGAAUCGUUAUGCAAGAUUGGCGAAUUUGUCGAUGUCGAUGAAGCUUUUAGCGUCAGUGGGCACUUAGGUCUAAUAACUCCAACAUUUACAGUGGUUCGUCAGUCAGUCACUGCAACCAAAUCGCCAUUGGGCACUAACAUGAAAAGUGAACGUGAGAAGCUUGCCAGUAGGGAAAACGUCAAUCCAAAUGAUCCCUUAAAUGAUCCAGUUGCAUUGAACACCGUGCACAAUGCCGACGAAGAUGCAGACACCGACAAGCAUACAGUUUCUAUCAAUAAU